GCGGCAUGCACCGCAUCGUGCUGCUAAUGGCGGUGCUCACGAGGGCCAUCGCCCCCUUUGCUAACGUCACAGGUCCACCGGCAACAGAACCGAGUAACCCGCCAGCUUCCACCAUGAUGACGCCGCCACCAACAGUCUUCCGAAACCUCAGGGUCACCAGCAAGCCAAGGAAGAUGAAGCAAGGGAAAGUAGACUCGCCAAUGCUGAACUACAUAUUUGACUCAUAUGCUACAAGCAAUAAGCAUUUUCAUGACAAAUUUCGUCCACCGUCAUUUGAAGAAAAAGCUUCAGAAGAUACGAUAAUAGACGCAGACACUGGUUCAACCGUUAUAUUUGACUGUAAAGUGACUGCACUUAGGGAUAAAACAGUGUCUUGGAUAAGAGUAUCAGAAGAUGAAAACUUGGAACUUCUAACAGUAGAUCUGGAUACGCACACGUCUGAUUUUAGGUACAGGGUAGAUUUAGCUGGUGAAAAUUGGAAGCUGGCUUUAGCAGAUGCAAAGGUCCAGGAUUCUGGUGUUUAUUGCUGUCAUGUGUCAACACAUCCUCCGAUGUUGAGGCGGUACCAGCUAACUGUUCAUCCACCUUCAAUAAAGAUGAGCAAAGAGGCAUUUCUGGAGACUGGAGAGACCCUAUCCCUCAAAUGCGCCAUUCUUCAUCUACAUCCAGGUGAUGCGGUUCCAGAGAUGCACUGGUAUCGAGGCAACAGCACCAUCUCCUUGGAUGAGAUCCGAGGAGGAGUGCUUAUAGAAACUGAUCAAUUGACUUUGACCAGUCAUUUGCAGGUGGCACGUCUGAAGGUGGAAGAUGCAGGCAACUACACCUGCUCCUUGGAAUCACCUGUUCAAAUGAGGGCGACUACAAGAGUCCAUGUGUUACAAGGAUCAAGUCUGGCUGAACUACAGAGUGGUGUAAAAACAACAACAAGCUAUUUGAGUUUGUUACUAACAUCGUUGUUGGUAGCGCUCGGCACACGAUAUGAAGACAUAAGGUGACCUAAUUAGACGAUACAGGGAAAUCGAUUUGAAGGUCUGGAUGGCAAGAAUUGGUCUUUAAAUAUGACGUAUAUUUGUGGUUCUUUGGGUCCUAAUUGCGUCACUUAUCUGUAAAUAUCUCUGGAAGUUAUUCGGUGGACAACUCUUUUAUAUAAUAGAAAGAUUGCUUACAACUGCAUCUAAUAAUGAACAAGGAAAUGUAGUGCGCUGAAACUAACGAGAAAUUGCACUUAAAGGACUUCUUAUCCUUGGCGAUUCUGAACAAAUUCCCUUGUCAGCACCCAUCUUUAGAUAUUAUUGAUUCCUGUUAUUUUUUUAUUUGUCAGAUAUUAUCAGAGACAUCGAUGUUGGAUUCGUGUUAAAAAUUAAACAACCGUAGUCGCGUUUCUCAUGUCAAUAUUUAAUUACUAUGAAAUACUCAGACACGCAAUGCGUCACUGAAAGCUAUCUACUAUACUGAAAAUAUUGUUGCAUUUUAUGACCUAUCUCAAAGGUAGAUUCUAACGCCAGGGUAAAAAGUGACAAACAUUAUAAAAGAGUGUAAUGGCUCUUAAUGCUUCAUACAGGAUGAAUUUUCGUAAUACAGAGUAUCUGCCUCGGGCAAAAAGCUGGCAUUUUUUUCUUUUAUUAUGAAACAGGUUAGGUAGUCUAACGAGAUACGCCGUGGGCCGGCCUGGGACCAAAAGAACGUCCUGCUCCAUUAACGCCCCCGUUCCGGUCGGCAACCGCCUUUUGUCUGAAACACUUUUAAAUAUUCACCGGAGUUCAACAUCGAUCACUAUAUUUUAUAUACCUUUGGUUAUCGUUACGUAACGAUGUU